AUGGCGCCUGAAGGCGGAAAGAACGGAACAGAAGGAUGGGGACAAUAUUUACAUUAUUCUUUUGAUCCAAAACUCAUUGGAGUUAAGAAUUCUGCUGUCGCAGGAAGAAGUCUGAGGACGUUCACACGCGAGGGCAAGUUUCAAAGGAUUAUAGACCAGGUCAGACCUGGAGAUUGGGUUCUCAUGCAAUUCGGACACAAUGAUGGUUCAUAUUUUCUGCACCGUUGAAAUUCCCCGACUAACCAGCGAGCAGAUGGAAUACCAGCAAAUGACCUCACUAAGCUUCGGGUGGACUGUCCUGGCAAAGGAAAUGAAACCUGCCCAGUCACUUACAAGUAGGUAUCCUCUCCCAUCUCGAAACACAAAACUCAUCUCUCGUCUAGUAAUCAAACAGAAAUCGUCCAAACCUACGUAACCUACCUCCAAAACGCCACACGCAUUUUCCUCCCUCUCGGAGCCCGUGUAAUAAUUUCCCCACCAACACCCAUAAACCCAUAUGAAUUUGGCAACUUCUCCUGGUCACCGACCAAGUACUCAGAUUACGCAUUAUACACUGUCGAAACUCUUGGAGGCCCAGCAAAUGGUGUCUACUUUAUCGAUCACGCCAAUUACGAUAUUCAAGCGCUAAAACUUAUUGGACAAGAGGAGACAAUCACGGGGUAUCCCAAUGACCAUACUCAUUUGGCUCCAUGGCUUGCGGAUACUUUUGCAAAGGCUUGGAUUUUGGGUCUCAAGUGUGGAACGGCAGGAUUGCAGUCUGCUGUGGUUAAUGCAACAAGUAGGAUUGAGGGGCCGGUUUUGGGAACUUGUUUGAUUGUUGGUGAUGAUGUGCCGAUUUGA